AUGACUACCAAAAUUUCCAAAGCCUGCGAACCAUGUCGACUACGCAAAAAGCGAUGUAACGGAUCCAAUCCGUGCAACCAUCCCGAUUGCCAGGAUUCACCAUCUACUUGCGUGUACAGAAACAAGACUCGGACAAGAAGAUCGAAGCGAAACACCAGCAACCCUGCAUCACAACUACCUUUCCUCGGGUCCGGUCAUUCCGUUGAUGGUAGUUCACCAGUAUCGUGGCAUUCACGCCAGAGUACUGCAGCUGUCCCCGACCCGGGGGUGCAGCAUGAAGUUUACCACAGUGUCACCGAAACGCAUUUGUCGCCCACGUCUACCGACAGCUCACAGCUAUUCUACGGACCUUCAUCUUACUUUGCAUUUCUCCAGCAGAUACACAGGGGUGUCUUACCCGUAAUCGACCAUGGACAGUCAGAGGGUAGCGAGGCACGAUCUGGUCUUGAUACGUUUAUGCAGAGGUCAAUCUUCUUCGGGACGCCAUCCCGAAUAAGCCCCGAGUCACUCAGAUCCGAGAGUGUUCAACUGGCACCUGUAUCACCGGAAAUGGCGCGCGAAUUUCUCGCGUUGUUCAAGACUACCUCUUAUCAUCGACUCCCGUUUUAUACCUUCAGUGAGUUGGACAGCCUUUUGGAAAGUCUGUACAACUCGCAGCAUGUUCGCAACAUACCCCCGCAGACCAAGGCAAGUUUUCUAGCAAUGCUGGCGAUUGGCGCUCUUGCGACUCCGCAGACAGACCUUGCAGAGACGCUCUUCACAGAAGCCAGGCGAGAAGCUGUCAUCUUGGAUGAUGCAGUGACAUUAAAGACACUUCAGCUUUCGCUCUUAUUCGCCGACUAUCAGAUCAACAUGGGUCGUCCCAAUUCGACAUAUCUACAUCUUGGCGUUGCAUGUAGGAAGGCGUUUGCAUUGGGGCUGCACCUUGGAGCUUUGUCGACUCGAUUGGACACUGCCACGUUACGAAACCAUCAAACCACUAUAUGGUCACUCUACUUCUUCGAAACUUAUCAGGCAUUGUCUCUGGGUCGACGGAGCGGGCUGAAGCUCAAGGACAUCUCAUGUCCAUUCCCAACUGAGCCGCUGUCCACGGUUAGGCUUUGUCGACUCGCUACAAUCAUGGAGGACGCUGCAGAAGGCAUUUACGGCAGAAAAGCAACUUCGAUUCGACAGUUAUAUGCAGUCGCGGAAGAAUUACGCGGUCGUCUCCAUCAGUUUGCUCAAGAUUGGGGUAUAGGGUCUGCGCAAUUGGGGACCACCCAGGACCCUCUUGACAUUCAUGAAUCUAUGACACUGCAUAACCUAUACUAUCACGCCAUCAUCUUGAUCUUUCGCCCUUUCUUAGUCGCCAACCAAGCUAUGCGUGUUACUGGAGGUACAGGUGAAAUCAAGGAGAUGUGGAUGCGUCAGGCUUGCAGAUACGCUAUCGAUGCGGCACAGGACUCUAUCGAAUUCUUUUGGAAUAUCGACAGAGCGUGUGGAGCUUCUCGUUAUCAAGCUUUCUUCAUCGAAUGCUCAUGUUCGGUACUGCUCUACGAUAUCCUGUGUCAGCCUUCCAAGUAUUCGUAUAACAUGGAAUACAUCCAAAAGGCCAUACAGGCUUUAUCAACUAUGACAGCCGACGAGCCUGUGAUCUUGUCGUUAAACUCGAUUCGUCGUGUGUUGGAAACAAUCGAAAAAUCGAUUUCCGGACAUAUUGGCGCGAGGCAGACAAUGGCAAUGGAUAGUGUUACCACAUCUCCUCACCACUACCCACGCGUCCAAUUCCCGUCCUUAGAUCAGCUUGGGGCUAAUGAGUCAGGCAGAAUGAUUCUUCUUACCGACGACAUUGGAACUGAAGAAAAUAGGCCACAUCAGCUUGUGCCAGGGUUGCCCAACACCAUGGCAGAUCAAGACUGGACAAGCUCGGCACAUUUCAAUCUGAACGUCAUGACAACUGACCUCUUCAACUUUUUCCCUUUGGACAUGACGACACCGAUGAAUCAUGCAGUUGGGGAUAGCGUUCAAAUGUCUUGA